AUGAGCUGCUCCAACGGUGGCAUGAAAGAACUUGCCCUCCGCCUCCGUGACGGUCAGAUGCUAUGCCGACUCGUCAACAAAGUCGAAGAAGGUGCCGUCCCCGAGAAGAACAUUAUGGCACCCUCCAUCAAUUCUGAAUUUGCCUGCGAAAAAAACAUCUGCGCCUUCUUCACGGCGUGCAAGGACAAAUUCUACCUGGACAGCUCCGAAUUUUUUGACCCUCCCGAUUUAUUUCUGUGCCAUGAUUUUGCAAAGGUACUUACGACGUUAUCUGCAUUAUCACAUUCCAAGAAAAUGAUCGAACAAGGGAUCGAUCCAUUCCCUCCACGCAUUAAUGGCUACUCACCUGGCCGUGCCCAAGGCGUACCUGUUGAAGAAGAAGAGAUCUACAGAUCGCUAGGGGAAAAUGUUAUUUACCAUCCUGAUAUGGAGCUCAGACCCGUUGAUUCCGGAUACAAAACCGAGGACAACCACAAAAUCUACGAUACCAUCGUGCAACGAAGAGACUCGCAAAAAUUCGAGCCUGAAGAUGUCUUCUCUAGCUUCAAGCCUAUUGAUGACCGCGGGAAUGCCAUUAAAGAAUUGGUGGAUACCGAACAAAACUAUUUGAAAAAGUCCCUUGACAACCUCGUUAACAAAAUUAUGUCCCCACUACAGCGGAUCUUGAGCGAGGACGAUUAUAAAAGAAUUUUCAUGAAUUUGCCGGAAAUCUGGCGGAAUCAACAUGAAUUCUACAAGGCAUUGCGUGUGGUGGCACUCCAGGAUUUGGGGCUAGAGAAGCCGUCCGGUUCCCAUAUUGGAGAUGUGUUUUGCGAAUUCCAAGAAAAAUUUGUUGCAUACGGCCACUAUUCGACGUAUUUGGAUGAAGCCACCGACAGGAUUCAAGAGCUGAAGAAAGACGAUGCUUUCACCUACUCCAAGAUUACCGAAUGCGUUCGAAGCGCCGGGCAAAAUCAAUUCCCCCUCAACGAACUGCUCGUCGUCCCACUACAAAGAAUCCUAAAAUACGGCCUCCUGCUUUCCCGAAUCCGGGACAAUACUCGGGACAUGGCUGAACAUAGCUCCCUAGGAGCAGCUAUGGAAGCAUUUAAAGAUCUAAGCGAGUGUCUGAACGAAAUGAAGAGGGAUUAUGAAAUGCAAAGAGAAACAAUGGAACUGCAGGAGAGCAUUAUCAACCUCAGCAUGCCUGGAGAUACGACGCUUGUUGAUUACGGUCGAAUGUUGCAGAAUCAAACUGUGCAGUUAAGCGAGGUCACAAAGGAAAACAAUAACCCCACCAAAACCAAGACCCGACACGCUUUCCUCUUCGACAAAGUCUUAGUGAUUUGUAAAUCCAAUGGAGCCAGGGCAGCUACGUACACCUACAAAACUGCGUACGUCGUCUCCGACCUAAGAAUGGAUCUCGAGACCCCGUUGAACGAUGAGAAACGGGGAACUUUCUCGAAGAAGUUAAAUACCUUGUUUUGGUUGACGCUUGUUAGGGAUGGUGCGAGACUCGAUAAGCCGGAUGAAGUUCGGACAAUUAACAUUUCGUUCAAAGACCGGAAGCAGUUGGAUCAAUGGGCGAAUGCAUUCGAAAAGGCCAAAAACAACAUCCAUCCCAAAGAAGCCAUCACCACCGGCCACAACGUCAAGCUAACAACCCUGCCACCAGAUCGUGCCCACAACUGCUCUGUCUGCCGAAAAUUACUGAAAGGGUUAUACCUCCAAGGCUAUAACUGCAGCGCCUGCGACCAAAUCAUGCAUUUGGAGUGCAUUUCCCUGCAAAAAUGUCCCGGCCCAAGGCGACGGCGUUCAGCUGGGAUGUCUAUUGCUAGGAAAAGCAGUACCGGAUCGAUAUCACCUGGGGAUCAUGUCAUUGCGACGUGCUCGAGUACGGAAAUCGGAUGGGCUCCCUAUGCAAAAGAUGAUAUUAUUAUUGUGCAGGAGUUGUUGAGUGAGAACAGCUUUAUUGGCACCAUUCAACGAGAAGGCGGCCACGCUGGCAAAGUCAAAAUCCAAGACGUCAGACGAAUCAACUGGGGUACCCCAACGGAUUCACCAAUCGGAAGUGGAAAGCCGAUACGUUUGGGCCGAAAAACAACUACCCUCCUACCAGCGAGAGCUGAUAUACCACCACAAACGCCAACGGAUAUGAAUGAUUAUGUAAAUACCGAUAUCAGCCAACAUCAAUGGUAUCACGGGAAUAUGGAGCGACCUAUGGCAGAAAAGUGUCUGAAGGGAACUCCAUGUGGUACCUUCUUGGUUCGCUUCAGCCCGACGAGGAACAGUUGCGUAGUCAGCGUUUCAUGUGACAACGAUGUAAAACAUAUGGUAAUCGAACACAAAAACAGCAACUAUUACCUUGACGAGGGAUACAUGUUUGACACUAUUGUGCAACUGGUCGAAUACUACAACAAAAAUAACCUCAUCGAGAGUUUUGCGACGUUGAAUACAACUCUAAAGUCGCCCUAUAAUGAGCAAAAGCUUUUCAAAGUUAUCCAUGACUUUGAAUCGGAUGAUGUCACCGGGAAAUUCCUCGAACUGCACAAGGGUGAUAUUGUAUACCUUUUGGAUACGGUAGGCCAAGACCGCGGAUGGUGGAAGGGCCGAAUUGGAAAUAAGAGUGGCUUCUUCCCAUUGACGUACGUCGUGAAAAUCACUGACGAAAAUGAUUCGUCU